ACGGCAUCGUCUAGUAAAAAAAAAUAUGUCCGUCGGGAUCGUGUGGGGGGCCACGAGACACUCAUGGCCGAUUAUUUCGUUGAAAAUCCAAAAUUUAGUGAAGAUACUUUUCGUCACAGGUUUCGUAUGUCCAAGUCGUUGUUCCUAAAAAUUGUUAGUGACGUGGAAGCGUAUGACGAGUGGUUUCAAGAAGGCUUAGACGGUAGAAUGAAGAAAAGCUUUACACCAUUGCAAAAGGUUACUUCGGCAAUUAAACAACUUGCAACCGGUAACCCACCAGACGAGGGGGACGAGUAUUUAAAUAUGUCUGAAAGGACCUCUCGUGAGUGCCUUGAAUAUUUCUGCGAGACGGUAUGUAAAAGGUAUGGCGGUGAAUUCCUACGUAGACCAACGAGCCACGACAUCGCGCUAUUGUAUCAGGCUCAUGAGGAUAGGCAUCACCUACCUGGCAUGUUAGGGAGUCUCGAUUGUACACACUUUGUCUGGAGAAUGUGCCCCACAGAAUUGCGUGGACAAUACAUGAGAGGCGAUCAUCAAUACCCGACGGUUAUGUUAGAAGCGGUAGCGUCUCAAGAUUUGUGGAUUUGGCAUGCUUUUUGUGGGCCAGCGGGUUCACAAAACGAUAUCAACGUGCUGCAACAAUCUCCGUUAUUUCUUGCUCAACGAAAUGGAACGGCGCCAAAUUGUCCAUUUCAAGUGAACAACCAUUUAUACAAACGCGGGUAUUAUCUUACUGAUGGGAUCUACCCUACUUGGUCCGUGUUUGUGAAGUCUUUUCCAUAUCCACACGACCCGAACGAAAAAAAAUUCAAGAGGCAACACGAGGCCGCAAGAAAAGAUGUGGAACGGGCGUUUGGUGUGUUAAAGUCGAAGUGGGGAAUACUAAAUCGUCCAAUGCGUUCGAAAACGGUGAAAAAAAUAAGGUCCAUCGUGUAUACGUGCCUUAUUUUACACAACAUGAUUAUAAAAGACGACGGAAGGGCGAUAGCACCGGUUCAUAUUCAAGAUCCUCCAGUCGAACCCGUCUUCGAUGAUACAGCCUAUACGGAGCUCAUUGACGAAGACACGCAUUGGAGGCUAAAACACGAUCUCGUUGAGCAUCUCGGAAGUUUAGAUUUGCCUCACCUUGAAGUUGAUUCGGACGAGGAGUAGUUUGUUUUUAUAUUUUUUUAGGUUGAAUGUAUCUUUUUUUCUAGUUCGAAUGUUUUUUUUUUAAUUUAAUGAAAUGUCUUUUAUUUAAUUUUUAUUUUUACUAAUCUUUUUUUAAUUUAUAAAUCAUGCAUUAUUUUAGAGAAUAAAAAAAAAAAAAAAAAAAAAACAACUCACCUAAUAGGUGAGUGCCGCCAUCAAAACAAGGUAUUAGGGGAGUGUAUUAGGUGAGUUGACGUGGCACCAUGUGAUUGGCUAUGUGUAAGAUGGGGGACUCACCUAUUAGGUGAGCACCCCUUACAC